AUGUCUGCUGCCAUCGAAUUAGAUCCUGCAACUGCCGCUACCAAAAAUACCUGGAGAGGCUUCUCUAUCACCGAAACUAACUUUAUUGAUGCCAACUUCCCUGACAAGAUUGAAGGCCCUUCCGUAUGGGAUGGCAAGGAACUCGAACAGACGCCCGAAAAAUGGAUCUACUACCUUACUCCUGAGGAUAUUGCUGAUAUUGAAGCUGGUUUAAGACACUUUUUGUCAUUGAACAUUCCUUUGACUGAUAUCACCAAGAGAACUUUCCCAUUGACUACGUUUGCCCAGGUGAUCAAGGACCAAGUACACACUUUAUUCCAAGGCUACGGCUUCAGUGUGGUGCGCGGUCUUGAUAUUUUAAAGUACGAACGCAAGGAACAAGCAGCUAUUUUUAUGGGAAUUGGCGCCUACAUUGGCAAGAACAAACCUCAAAACGGCAAGGGUCAUAUCCUCGGACACGUCAAGGACCUUACCUACGGCUCAGCAACCAAGAGUCUUUACGAUGCUGAUCAGCCCACGACUCGCAUCUACGCCACUCGCAAGGCACAACCUUUCCAUGUCGACGGUACCGAUGUUGUUGCUCUUCUCUGCUUAAAUAAGGGCUUUGAAGGUGGUCUCAGUUCUGUCAUUUCUUCGCACACUGUCUACAACCGUCUACAAGAGCUUCGUCCCGAUAUUGUUGAAUUACUCAAGGAACCUUGGCAAUGGGACAGAAAGGGUGAACACGGUCCUGACGAGGCUCCAUAUAUUUCUGCCGCUCCAAUUACCUAUUUCAAGGACCAUUUGUUCACCUUUUGGGGCCCCCAUUUCUUCUCUACAAUGACGCGCUUCCCCGAAUACAAAGUUGACGAAAGAAAAUUCGAGGCCAUGGAAUAUAUCGAGGAACUCUGCCAACGCGAAGCUCUCAACAUGCAGCUGGAGGUCGGCGAUAUUCAGUUCGUACAAAACUAUCAGAUUUUGCAUGCUCGUACCGCUUACACUGACAAUGCCGAGUCCGCUCGCCAUCUUCUCCGCUUGUGGUUCGUGGUUAAACAUGAAGAAGUUGGCUGGGACAUUCCUUUCAACAAGGCUGAUUACGACUAUGGCUAUGCUGCUAAGCGCACCGUUCCUUUGGAAGCAGAGUAA